GUGACAAGAGCAGAAAAUUACAGGACGAGAGAAACAGAGAAAAAGUUUGACAGUUUUUGUUCCACUGAAUCGUCUGAAACAAUCAAUAAAUUCAUUGUGAAGUAUUUUGUAGGUGAUAUUCUAGUCAGUAAAGAGGAACAUCAACAGUUCUUGACAGGUGUUCAGUGGACUGUUCAGAUGAUGUCAUGGACUCCACAAAGGAUCUCAGUGGACAGACAGACACAGGGAAGGUCAAGAGUGUCAUUCAUGGAGAAUCUCCUGAAUCCAGCUGUGUGUCCAUGAAGAGUGACCGGUCAAUGAAUCCUCCACUUAAAUUCAGUUCAGGAGCCCCUUGUGCUGAUGUGAGUCAACUCCAUAUGAAGAGAUCAGACUCACCAGAGUCCAGCUGUGUGUCCAUGAAGAGUGACCGGUCCAUGAAAGAGCCAUUAUAUUUUAAGCGUGAAGACACAUCAACUGGUCUGAGACAACUCCAUAUGAAGAGAUCAGACUCACCGGAGUCCAGCUGUGUGUCCAUGAAUAGUUACGCGUCUAUGGAGAAGCCAUCACAUUUUAAGAGUGAAGACACAUCAACUAGUCUGAGUCACUCGCAACAUGUUGAAGUCCAAAGCACAUUCAAAUCCAAUCUGCUGAAGAAGUUUCAGUGUUUGUGUGAGGGAACAGCAAAGCAGGGAAACCCAACACUCCUGAAUGAGAUCUACACAGAGCUGUACAUCACAGAGAGUGAAAGAGGAGAGAUCAAUAAUGAACAUGAGGUGAGACAGAUUGAGACACAGUCCAGAAGAGCAGCAACAGAGGACACACCAAUCAAAUGCAAUGACAUCUUCAAACCUUUACCUGGACAAGACAAACCCAUCAGAACUGUGCUGACUAAAGGAGUUGCUGGAAUUGGGAAAACUGUCUCUGUGCAGAAGUUCAUUGUGGACUGGGCUGAAGGGAAAGCCAAUCAGGACAUCCACCUCAUAUUUCCACUUCCUUUCAGAGAACUAAAUUUGAUGAAGGGCAAAAAACUCAGUCUUUCAGAUCUUCUUCAGGUUUUCUUCAGUGAAACAAAAGAAAUGGAAAUAUCCAGAGAUGAAUAUAAAGUUUUCUUCAUCUUUGAUGGUCUGGAUGAGUGUCGUCUGUCUCUGGAUUUUCAGAGCAAUGUGAGAUUGUGUGAUGUCACUGAAUCAGCCUCAGUGGAUGUGCUGCUGACAAACCUCAUCAAGGGGAAUCUGCUUCCCUCUGCUCUCAUCUGGAUCACCUCCAGACCAGCAGCAGCUGAUCUCAUCCCCUCUGAGUGUGUUGAUCGGGUGACAGAGGUACGAGGAUUCAAUGAUCCACAGAAGGAGGAAUACUUCAGGAAGAGUAUCAGAGAUCAGAGUCUGGCCAACAGAAUCAUCACACACCUGAAGUCAUCAAGGAGCCUCUUCAUCAUGUGUCAUAUCCCAGUGUUCUGCUGGAUAUCAGCCACUGUUCUAGAGACAAUGUUGCAUAAAUCAAAGAGAAGAAAGAUCCCCAAGACUCUCACUCAAAUGUACACACACUUCCUGAUCAUUCAGACAAACAUCAAACAUGAGAAGGACUAUGAGAAGAAAAGUAAAAACAGAGACAUGAUCCUCAAACUGGGGAAACUGGCUUUUAAACAGCUUGUGAAAGGCAAUCUGAUCUUCUAUGAGGAAGACUUGAGAAAGUGUGACAUUGAUGUGACAGAAGCAUCAGUGUACUCAGGAUUGUGCACUCAGAUCUUCAGAGAGGAGUUUGGGUUGUAUCAGGGGAAAGUGUUCUGCUUUGUUCAUCUGAGCAUUCAGGAACAUCUAGCAGCUCUAUAUGUGCACCUCUCCUUUACAAACAACAACAUGAAUGUGUUUGAACAAAUCACCAAACAAAAACUCUUCUCUAAAGUUUUAAAGUUGAUGAAACAGAAUUCAUCAAAACAGGUUUCUAUGUUUGACCUGCAUCAGACAGCUGUGAAUGAGACUUUAAAGAGUAAGAAUGGACAUCUGGAUCUCUUCCUUCGUUUCUUUCUGGGUCUCUCACUGGAGUCUAAUCACACUCUCUUACAAGAACUGCCGACACAGACAGGAAGUUGCUCCUACAACAAAGAGGAAACAGUGAAAUACAUCAAGCAGAAGAUCAGCGAGAAUCACUCUUCAGAGAAAUCCAUCAAUCUGUUUCACUGUCUGAAUGAACUGGGUGAUGAUUCACUUGUGACAGAGAUACAAGAUUAUCUGAAAUCUGGAGAAAUAAGAGAAACAAAACUCUCCUCUUCACAGUGGUCAGCUGUAAUGUUUGUGUUGAUGACCUCAGAGCAGACGAUGGAUGUGUUUGAUCUGAAAAAGUUUAUUGGAGCACAAAAUAAAGCAGAUGAAGUUCUUCAGUAUCUGCUGCCUGUGAUUAAAGAAUCCAGAUCAGUUCAUCUGAUGGGCUGUAAUCUGACAGAGAAAAGUUGUUCAGCACUGGCCUCAAUUCUCAGCUCAAACUCUUCAAACCUGAGAGAGCUGGACAUGGGUAACAAUGACCUGCUGGAUUCAGGAGUGAAGCUGCUCUCUGAUGCACUGAAGAGUCCUCACUGUACACUGGAAAUACUGAGAUUUGCAGAUUGUAGAUUCACUGGUCAGUGCUGUGAAAGUUUGUCUUCAGUUCUACAAUCAUCAAAAUCCCUGAGAGAGCUGGACCUGAGUAACAAUGACCUGCAGGAUUCAGGAGUGAAGCUGCUCUCUGAUGCACUGAAGAGUCCUCAAUGUACACUGGAAAUACUGAGAUUUGCAGCUUGUAGAUUCACUGGUCAGUGCUGUGAAAGUUUGUCUUCAGUUCUACAAUCAUCAAAAUCCCUUAGAGAGCUGGACCUGAGUAACAAUGACCUGCAGGAUUCAGGAGUGAAGCUGCUCUCUGAUGCACUGAAGAGUCCUCACUGUACACUGGAAAUACUGAGAUUUGCAGAUUGUAGAUUCACUGGUGAGUGCUGUAAAAGUUUGUCUUCAGUUCUACAAUCAUCAAAAUCCCUGAGAGAGCUGGACCUGAGUAACAAUGACUUGCAGGAUUCAGGAGUGAAGCUGCUCUCUGAUGCACUGAAGAGUCCUCACUGUACACUGGAAAUACUGAGAUUAUCUGGCUGUAUGGUGACAGAGAAAGGCUGUUGUUCUGUGGCAUCAGCUCUGAGAUCAAAUCUCUCACGCCUGAAAGAGCUGGAUCUGAGCUACAAUCACCCAGGAGAAUCAGGAGUCAAGCUGCUCUCUGAAAGACUCAACGAUCCAAACUGCACACUGGACAAACUUAAUGUGGAUCAUGGAGGAGAGUUCAGGAUUACAGCAGGACCACGCAAAUAUGUCUGUGAUCUCACACUGGAUUCAAACACAGUACACACUAAACUCAUUCUGUCUGAGGGGAACAGGAAGGUGACACGUGUGGAAGAGCGUAAGUUAUAUCCUGAUCAUCCAGAGAGAUUUGAUGAGUGUCAUCAGGUUCUGUGUAGAGAGAGUCUGACUGGACACUGUUACUGGGAGACUCAAUGGAGUGAAGAUGGUGCUGUUAUAUCAGUGUCAUAUAAAGAAAUCAGCAGGAAAGGAAAGAGCCGUGACUGUGUGUUUGGAUUCAAUGUAAACUCCUGGAGUCUGUACUGCUCUAAUAACACAUUCACUGUCUGUCACAAUAAUAACAGAACUGACAUAUGUCGCCCUUCACACGACUGUAAGAGAGUAGGAGUGUAUGUGGACUGUCCGGCCGGCACUCUGUCCUUCUACAGCGUCUCUCACACACACACACUCACACACUUACACACAUUCAUCACCACGUUCACUCGACCCCUCUAUGCUGGAUUUGGAGUUUAUUCUGAUUCCUCAGUGUGUCUGUGUGAAAUUGAUCAUCAGAGACACACACACACAACUGGAUGAGUGAAAUAUACUCACUGUAUCUCACAUCAACACAACUCCAAACUCUUUCUAGAAAUCAUUUCAUCAAUUAAACUGAUUGAAUUCAUUACAAUCACUGUAAUUUGAUUGAAGUUAUUUACUAUCAGAUUAAUAAUAAUAGGGUGGACGGGUGUAGUUGUAACACUUUUUGCUUCAGCACCUUUAAUUCACUGAAUUUUUGAGUUCUCAAUUUUACACAAGUUUACAUUUGUUUACUAGAAAUGUCACUAAUUCAAACCUUUGCAAGAACAUCACAGACUUCAUCAUGAGUUGAUGUCAAAUACACUGUGCUCCUUUGUGACAACCUUCCCCACUACCGGGAAACACAUGCUGGGGUAAGUUGUGACAAUUAGACAAAAGAAAAAAAACAGAGGCCACACCAUGUACGUGUGUGUGUGUGUAUUAGUCUACUAGAAUAAUCUUUCUUUAUAGGUUUAAUGAACACUUCUACAAUGUUUUUAUUUUUAUUUAACCUUUAUUUAACCAGGUUUGUCUCAUUGAGAUAUAAUCUUUUUCAAGAGAGACCUGGCCAAGAUAGCAGAACAAAUUAGAUCACACAAUCACAAAACAAACACAAAAGAGGCAAAGACAACUCAAGUGCAUUUCAAUUAAAUAAAAGUGACAUUAAUUAAAACAUUUGCACAUGUGGAUGGUUCAACAAACAUGAAAGCCUUUUUGAACAACUCUGUCCGGGCUUGAGGUACAUUCAAUGAAAUAGUUUUCUGGGACCGAAAAACAUAAGUACUCUGUGUAUCAGAAAGAAAUUCAGAUAUGUAACAUGGAAGCCUGCCUAAGCCGGCGAAUUGAUACAGAAGGCAAAUUCACUGUGGAGUAAAGUGUACAGUGAUGAGUGAGGGGUCUGCAAUUUGAAAUACAUUUUAAAGCUCCAUGAAACACAGCAUCCAACCUCUGAAGACACUUAGAUGGGGCAUUCAUAUACAACAGAUCACCAUAAUCAAUAAUAGAGAGAAAUGUGGCAUCGACUAUCUUUUUUCGGGUAGAAAAAGUAAAACAAGAUUUGUUCCUAAAGAAAAAACCUAGCUUUAAUUUCAACUUUUUUACUAGAUUCUGUAUAUGAAGCUUAAAAGAAAGGUGAUAAUCAAAUAAAAAUCCUAAAUAUUUAUAAGAUGAAACUACCUCAAUUGUUUUACCCUGAUCAGUAACAAUAUUCAGGUCUAACACAUUUUUCCUUGUGUUUGAAAAAAACAUUUGUGACACAGUUAAAGGAAGGAACGAAGACGCAGAGCUCUUCGGAAGUAAGGGUUCUUUAAUAGUCACAGCAAUCCUACAAACUUUGCGUUUCUAUGAACAGAAUAAAACUUCACUGCAUAACGUAAAUCUCCUAAUAUGGUUUGUCUUAUGCCAACACUAGAUUGGCUUUUGUUCUCCCUCUCUUGUCUGGAGGUUCUGUGUCCCUUUUAUGCCGCUCUCCCCAUGCUCACUGAAAUUAGAGACAGGUGUUAAACAUAAUUCAGCUCAGGUGCAAGCGCCCUUACCGCUUUCUCCCUCAGACGGGCGCUUGACCAUGCCCCCGCUGCCACAUACCCCCACUGCCCAACUCAG